AUAGUCCAUGUAGAAGAUUUGUUGUUGACAUGUUGUUGUUGUUGUUGUUUUUUUUUUUUUUUUUUUGGGCCAUGUAUGUAGAAGUUUGCAUGCCAUAGAAAUGCUUACCAAAAGAUUAGAAGGCAUCGUGAAAGGAAGCCAGGAAAAAGCAGUGCCGAGUGAGGCGGCAGUUGAGGCGACGGCGACGGCGACGACAGCGACUGUAACAGAGAGAGAAAAGCAGCCUCACAAGCUGGAAAGGAAGUGGGCUUUUUGGUUUGAUAACCAAUCUAAGCGUAAGCAAGGGGUCGCUUGGGGAACUUCUCUCCGCAAAGUUUACACAUUCGACACCGUUGAAGAAUUCUGGUGUUUGCACUCUCAAAUAUUCAAGCCCAGCAAGUUGCCUGCAAAUGCCUAUUUCCACUUGUUCAAAGCUGGAAUUGAACCCAAAUGGGAAGAUCCUGAGUGUGCUAGUGGAGGAAAGUGGUCUGUCCCUAGCAACAGGAAGGCUAACCUUGAUAACAUGUGGCUUGAAACUUUGAUGGCUUUAAUUGGUGAGCAAUUUGAAGAGGCAGAUGAUGUUUGUGGUGUUGUUGCUAGUGUUCGCCAAAGGCAGGACAAACUUGCAUUAUGGACCAAGACAGCAACAAAUGAGGCUCUUCAGAUGAGCAUUGGGAGAAAGUGGAAGGAGAUCAUUGAUGUCACUGACAAAAUGACCUACAGCUUCCAUGUGAGUCUCAUUCACAAUUUACCUUCUUUGAUUAUGAACUCUCUACCUUCAUCCCUCACUCCUUUUUCCAGUUGCAGGAUGACUCCCGAAGAGACAGGAGUGCAAAAAGUAGAUACAGUGUAUGAAAUCUGUCAGUCUUGGUAAAGAAUUGCUGUAAGAAUUGUACUGUCAAUUUUUUUCUAAAGUAAUGGAAUUCUGUUACAAGAUUUUGUUCUUCCUUCACUUUAAAACUAGGUAGUGAAAAUUCUCUUACUUUCAAAGAUCUGUACUGGAUGUAAUACUGUGAGAUAUUCUGUGUUCUUUAUGAUAUUUUUGACAUUAAACAUAUUGAAAAUUUUUUUACGAUAUCUAUUUGUUUGGUCUCCUGGCUUAUGCCCAAAUUUAGCAUGGGUCUUGUUCU